AUGCCUCUGGAAAAAUUCCUCGAAGAUCUUGCCGACCCGUCAGUCCCCCUGAUUAACUCCGACUUCAUCGAGAUCUCCGACCUGUCGCCGGCCGAGUUGGGCGUCUUCGCCCGCUCCUGGUUCCGGCUUUCCCAGGUACGGAAGCGAGCCAUAAUCGCCACCAUGGUUGAGCUGGCCGAGGACAGCGCGGAGCUCGACUUCUGUACAGUCUUCAAGAUGUGCCUCAAAGACGACGAUGAAUGGGUUCUCGAAAAGGCCAUCGAUGGACUGUGGGAAUACGAAGACCGGUCUGUCCUGUCGGGGUUGAUCCAGGUAUUGACUUCCGACCGGGGGCCGGACGUGCGCGCCGCCGCUGCCGCCGCCCUGGGUAAAUUCUGCGUCCUGGCCCAGGAGGGACACCUGCUUCCAGGGGACGUAAGCAACAUCCGCGAUACUCUUAUGGCCCUCCUGCAUGACACGGAUGAAAGCCUGGAAGUCCGCCGCCGCAGCCUGGAAGCAGUGGCGCCCUUCAACACGCCCGACAUCCGUGACUACGUUUGCUGGGCUUACCAGACCGAGGACUUGAUGCUAAAGUCCAGCGCCAUAUUUGCCAUGGGCCGCACCGGCGACGUUAGCUGGCUCCCCACGCUCAUUGAAGAACUGGACAACCAGGAACCGGCCCUCCGCUACGAGACGGCCAAUGCCUGCGGCGACCUCGGCGAGGAGGAUGUGGUUCCCCACUUGAUAGGCUUGUUGGAAGACGACGACUUCGAUGUGCAGGUAGCGUGCCUUAACGCCCUGGGGAAAAUAGGCGGCCCUCUGGCCAAGGGGGCGCUGCUGCGCUGCAUAGAGGAGGGAGACGUAUCUCUGGAAGAGGCGGCACUGGCCGCCCUCGAUAACGUGGUGUUCCUGGAAGACCCCAUGGCCUUCGCCCCGGAAGUUUAG